AUGUCUAGAGCUAAGAGAAUUAUGAAAGAAAUCCAAGCUGUCAAGGACGACCCUGCAGCUCACAUCACCCUUGAAUUUGUGAGUGAAUCCGAUAUUCAUCAUUUAAAGGGUACAUUUUUGGGCCCACCGGGAACGCCUUACGAAGGUGGCAAAUUUGUUGUGGAUAUCGAAGUUCCUAUGGAAUAUCCAUUCAAGCCACCCAAGAUGCAGUUCGACACAAAAGUGUACCAUCCAAAUAUAUCAUCAGUGACAGGUGCUAUUUGCUUGGAUAUUCUCAAGAAUGCAUGGUCGCCAGUAAUAACAUUAAAGUCUGCAUUAAUCUCACUUCAGGCGCUAUUACAAUCCCCAGAGCCCAAUGAUCCUCAAGAUGCAGAAGUGGCACAACACUAUCUACGGGAUAGAGAAUCUUUCAACAAAACUGCUGCGUUAUGGACCAGGCUAUACGCCAGUGAAGGUGCCAAUGGCCAAAAAGGCAACGUGGAGGAGUCUGAUUUAUAUGGCAUUGACCACGAUUUGAUCGAGGAGUUCGAAUCUCAAGGUUUUGAAAAGGACAAGAUUGUGGAAGUUUUGAGAAGAUUAGGUGUCAAGUCUCUCGAUCCUAAUGAUAACAACACAGCCAAUCGUAUCAUCGAAGAAUUGUUGAAGUGA